AUGCAGGCUUACCGUCAGACCGGUGAACAGACGUACGUACGACUUGGUCAUCGCCGAGGCGUAUCUGACCUGGCGCGCUUCGCUGGCAACCUGACCUGGGCCAGCAUAGAGACGGAGUGCCAUCCUGGCACAAGGGCAUAUCCUUCUCCGCCCAUGUCAGGAGGAUCUCCCACGUUCCCGCCCAAGCCAGUUCAGGAGGCCGGUACUCGAGGCCAAAGUAGCUUUCAGGCGACUUCCCACGAUGUAUAUCACCCUGUCUCGACUGCGCACGGGACCGACACGGGAGCAGCAUAUGCGCAUCCAGUAUCAACACCAAUGCAACCGCAUCCAUCGCAUACCACCGCAGCCGGCACACGACCAUACCCGCCAGAACCACCAGAGCGUCUAGCCCAUGUAGGUGGCCGACCUGAGGAGAGAUUUGGCCCUCCUCUUUCUCUACCGGGCAUAUCCGGUCCUCAACAGCGGCAGUACUCUCUUCCUCCUGUAGCAGGACCGAUGCCAACAGCUUCUCCGUAUUCUUUACCCCCGAGGCCACCAACGUCAGAAGGUGGGCCUUAUGCGUCACCAAAGUCGCAAAGGAAAACCAAGGGGCAUGUUGCUUCAGCUUGCGUUCCAUGCAAGCGAGCACAUUUGAGAUGUGACGCCCAAAGACCAUGCUCAAGAUGCUUAAGCAAUGGCAAAGAGGACGCUUGCGUUGAUGUACAGCACAAGAAACGUGGCCGACCGCGACUACGCGAUGAUAGGGAAACGAGAUUCGACGCGUCUCGAUUUCAACACGAUCCAGUACUGAGGCGACCAGUAUCUCUUUAUGCGCCUGUCAGCGCUCCUGCGGUUCCAUUCGACGACCCUCUUCGACGCAGUCAGUCGUAUCGGAUACUGAAGUCGCAGCCAACUGAACCCAUCCCACCGCGGUAUCUCGAGCGAGGAUCUACCAAUGACGCAAAUAUUUUUCCUGCUCCAUUCAUGAUGCAAUCGCGACCUCCUGAGCCCCUGGCUUUCUUGACUGUUGAUCUCGAGAUUGCUAGAGUGACGAGUAUUUUUGUUGAGGCAAUCGGCGCUGGCCAUGCACAGUCAAUCCUGGCAAGGAAACUAGAAGAUAUUAUCGCCCCUCAAGAACGAGAUAGGGUGGCAGCGCUCCAACGGGCAUUGCAGGAAGAACAGGGUCGGAAAGAGCCAAACUAUUUGCCACCUAUCUUCGGAAGACAAGACAUGGACAGAGUUGUGCACUCGCUUCCGCAUGAUGCAGAAUUUGUGUCUAGACUUCCCCUGGAUAGACAUGACGUCUUCACCUUCCUAUCAACCCAGGGGCAAGGCAGGCAGUACCCGAUCCGCAUUGGCCUUGUCAAAGAAAACUCCAUCUACUUCGUUGUUUUGGUGCUCAUCAUGCAUCCUCAGACUUACCCGCACCCAACUCCUUCUCCACAUGCUAGGGAUGUCCCAUAUCCAUAUCAAGCACAGCCAUAUGCACCCCAGCCUACUCCAGUCUCGGCAUCAUUUGAGACGAACCGAGUCAGAUUCGGCGAUCCUCGAGAUCAAAGAGGUGUGGCUCAAGCACCACGAUCAACUGCUAUGGCCGCCCAAGCGCGUGGCGUUCUCAGCCCUGGCGUGAGCCCAAAUGUUCCUUCGUAUGCAGCAACUUCUGGCCGUUUCGAACAUCCGGCUGGCCCUUCGUAUCAAAUUCCACGAAGCGAACUAAGCUCUACUCGAGCACCAGCGCAACCUGGAUAUCAGCUUCCACCAAUUCGAAGUCAAGGCCAGCCAGCCCCUCCUGUUGAUCCUCGUGUUGGCCGUGUCGAUAUUGGUGGAUUGAUAGAUCGACCUGAUCCAGCACGCCGCGUACCAUGA